AUGGAUCGUUCUUGGAUGUACAAUAGGGUAAAUGCUAAUAGGCACAGAUUGAAAAAAAAGUAUGUUUGUGGUGUUCAAAAAUUUGUGAAGAGGGCUUUGAAACAACCGAUUUGUAUAUUUGAAGGAGGGAUAAGGUGUCCGUGUACAAAAUGCAAGUGUACCAAGAUAUCUACACCAGUGAAUGUUAGACUUCACUUGUACCAGAAUGGAUUUCAACCAGAAUAUUGGAUUUGGACUGAACACGGAGAAGUGAAACCCAUUGUUGAUGAGAGUGGUGGUUUGGGUAGUAACGACCAUGUGCAUCAUGACGGCCAAUUUGAUGUGAUGGAUAAAAUGUUGUAUGAUGCUUUUAGGCUUUAUGAAGAUGUCCCCCAUGCGAAUGCUAACAUAGGAAAUGAGUUAUUGGCCGAGGGUGAGUUGCCUAAUACAAAUGCUAAAAAGUUUUAUGACAAGUUGAUAUCCUUUAACAAGCCCAUCUACGAGGGGGCUACCGAGUCUAAGUUAUCCAUAUCGGUCAAACUUCUGUCAAUUAUGGCUAACUGGCAUGUUCCACAAAAAGGUAUAGAUUUUUUUGCACAAAUGCUUAAAAAUGUAUGCCCAGUUAAAAAAUGCUUUCCCGAGAAUUGUUACCAAGCAACGCAGCUGGUGUCUAAGUUAGGGCUGAAGGUUGAGAAGAUCGAUUGCUGUAAGAAAGGUUGUAUGUUAUAUUACAAGGAUGAUAGUAAGUUAUCUGAGUGCAAAUUCUGUUCUGCUCCUAGGUUCUUUCCUCGUAGGAUUGGUAUGGGAAAGUACAAAGAUGUCCCAGCGAAGAGAAUGUUUUAUUUCCCUAUCAUUCCUAGAUUACAAAGAUUGUAUGCAUCAACCGAGUCUGCAUCUGAAAUGAGAUGGCAUAAGGAAAAUAAAAACAAUUCAAACCUUCUUCGCCAUCCGUCUGAUGGAAAAGCUUGGAAACACUUUGAUGAAGUAUAUCCUGAAUUUGCUAGGGAACCAAGAAAUGUAAGGUUAGGUUUGUGUUCAGAUGGAUUUACUCCUUACAUUCAAGCGUCUGCUGGUCCGUAUUCAUGUUGGCCGAUAGUAGUUACCCCUUACAAUCUUCCCCCUGAAAUGUGCAUGACAAAACCAUACUUGUUUUUGGCUUGUCUCGUACCUGGACCUAACAACCCCAAAGAAAAGUUGGACGUCUACUUGCAACCAUUGAUUGAUGAUUUACAACAAUUGUGGUCCAACGGAAUUUUGACCUAUGACAUAUCCACUAAACAAAACUUCAUAAUGAAAGCGUGCUUAAUGUGGACAAUUAAUGAUUUUCCGGCCUAUGGUAUGUUAUCUGGAUGGGGAACACAAGGUAGGUUGGCAUGCCCUCAUUGCAUGGGAGACACAAAAGCUUUCUACUUGAAAAAUGGUGGCAAAAAUACUUGGUUUGGUUGUAAUCGUCGUUUCUUGGCACCUGAUCACCCUUUCAGAAAAAGUAAAAGAAGUUUUACAAAAAAUGAAGAUGAGAAAAAAGGUCCACCUCACAUUUCCACAGGGCAAGAGAUAUGGGAGGUAGUAAGUAUCUUUCCAAAAGUGACCGAAGUUGGUUGGGAGAAAAAGCUGAAAGAGUUGAAUGAUUCUAACAAAGAUUAUAAGUAUGGAGUUCAUCAUAAUUGGAGAAAACGGAGUAUUUUUUGGGACCUUCCAUAUUGGAAGGACAACUUGUUAAGGCACAACCUCGAUGUGAUGCACAUAGAGAAAAAUUUCUUCGAUAAUAUAUUUUACACUGUCAUGAAUAUUACGGGCAAAACAAAGGAUAAUGAAAAGGCGAGAAAAGACAUGGCUGAAUGCUGCUUUCGCGGGGACUUGGAGAUGCAGGCUUUAUCUAAUGGAAAGAUGGGUAAACCAAAGGCAGGUUAG